AUGGUAUGCUUUUUCACCCCUCUUCUUGCCUUCACAUAUUUUCUGAAAUGGACCACUGCAUACAAAAUGGUCAUUUUUGUACCGGACGUCACAAACAGUCAGGUAAUCUUCAAUAAUCGAAUAGCGGAAACGCUUGCGAAAGCAGGUCAUGACGUCACAAUGGUGCUAAUCUCAGGAUUUGCUGACAGAGAUUCUAGUGAUGUGAAAAUGGUGGAGGGAGUCUCAGGUGAGUCGCGUCGCGCAUGUAUAAUCGCAGAUCGUAUACGUUUUCGCUGA